AUGAGAGCAACUAAAGAUCCAAAGAUUAAGCCGCCUAACAUUGAUGCCUAUGACGGGAUGACUGAUCCAGAUAUGCAUCUUCUGGAUUAUAGGCAUCACAUGUACGUUCAAGGAACAAAUGAGUCCACAUGGUGCAAGUAUUUUCCAGGCACAUUGAAAGGUAUAGUGUCUAAGUGGUUCGAAAGACUCCCAGCUGGAACCUUUAGCUCCUUCUUUGAGCUCGAGUUAUUGUUCUCCACCCGGUUCAUGGCUCACAAAGAAGAAAAGAGGACAAGUAUGCACCUGAGUCGGAUUCAAUUGGGGAAAGAUGAGUCGUUGAGGAGUUAUGUAAAGAGAUUCAACCUUGAAGAAGGGCAAAUCUCAGAUUUCCCAGAUGGUGUCGAAUUUGACAAUUUUAUACGGGGACUUAAAAAGGGCUCCUUCAAUGUUCCGAAAGCACCAUGGGGAAGUGACACCGCUGAACCAGCUGCAAAGAAAGAAAAGUUUGAGAAAAAGAGCCGGCCUAAUGGGACGUGGGCUAUUGCAAGAGAACCAGACAGAGCCUCAGCGGCGGCCUGGCAGAAGAGGCCCAUAACUUAUGAUAGUGAACUCUUUGAAUAUAACACAGACCUGUACACCAUCCUAAUGGACGUUAGUUCCAAAUUAGAGAUUGAUCGGCCAUUUCCAAUGAAAUCGCCUCCGGAAAGCAGGGACCCCAAAUUAUACUGCCACUUCUAUAGUGACAUAGGGCAUGAUACCAAGGAAUGCAAGAGUUUGAAGAGGGCACUGGACGGCCUUGCCGCCAAGGGUUUCUUAAAGAACUACACUAGCAAGAAUACUGGAGGCUCAGGAAAGCAGUUCUACAAAAAGAACAAGUCACCCCCCUCUGAGGACGAUGGGAACCGAACCGACCCCGAGUGCGUGGCCGUCAUAUCAGGUGGAUUGGCCGCUGGGGGCCCUACCAUGAGAGGUCAAAAGGAUUACGCCAAGCGGUUGGGGUAA